AUGGAUACCGUCACGGAUACCGUCAACCGAGUUGUUAACGCAGCCUCCACUGCCUUGUGGGGCGAGGGCAACCAAGAAUCGCAGAACAUCGCACAUGGUGACGAGCCCAUGUCAGGCGUACAGGGCAAAGGCAGUGCCGAAGACCCCUAUGAUGGUGGAAAUCGUGACGACCAACCCGAUGCGCCCAAAUCAGAUGUCAACACAGCCCCGCAGAAACCUAAGCUCGAAGGCAUGACCCUAAACAAGGCCGAGCCGGUUAUGACAAACAGCAGCACUAGUGCCAGCGCCGUCGCCGAGCAGCGGAGCACAGAGGAGAGCGAUGUUCCUAAAAAGCAGGACCUUAAACGGAGCACAGAGGAGAGCGAUGUUCCUAAGAAGCAGGACCCUGAACGGAGCACAGAGGAAAGCGACGGUCCUAAGAAGCAGGACCAUCACCGGAGCCAAGGCCCAGACGGCGUUGAAGUCUGCCCUGCCUCCCCUACUCCAUCGCAUAAGCAGCAAGUCAGCAAAGAGGCACUAGAGGGCCCACAGGGACCGCCGCCAAAGACUGCGGAUGAGUUUAAAAAGGAGACUAAAGAAAAAGCAAAGAAGCCAACUGAGAAAAUGGAGCCUACAUCUAGCAGUGAUAGUGCCCCGUCUGGAUCCUCAAAGACCAGCAACAAUAAUGACCAAGCUUCUAGCGGAAGUGGCAAUAGCAACGGGGCUGGAAGUGAUAAGUCUGGAAAGCAGAGUACCAUGUCGAAGGUCAAGGAGCGCCUGCAUAAGGUUGCUCACCCGCACCAUGGGAACAAAGCUUAG